AGCACAACUAAGGAAUAUUUAAAUAUUACUUUUGACAGUCAAAUGAAUUAUAUACCACCAAAUGCAUCCAGUUUAGAAAAAAAUAUUGAAAUCAAAAUAAAACAUAUAGAUCAUAACGAUAUAGAUAAUUUGAUCACAACAAAAGCAAUAAGUAGAAACGACACAAAAGACCAUAUUGAUAUCGAAAAGGCAACAUUAAGAGAAAUUAGACAAAAUAGAAGAAUCGUUCAGACAAAAGAAGAAGCGAUGGGAAAAUUAAAAAUUGACGAAGAAACGCGAUCAAAGUUAUUUCAUGAUUAUUCAUCAACUCUCAACAGAAGUAGUAGUGAUACAAGGGACAACAAUCUUAACACUGAUUCAAAUACGCCAAGUGAUUUAUUGGAUAAAAAAUUUGCAGUCGAAGUUACAAAACAACCCACGGAGCGAGAUUUAUUUACAAGAGUUAAUGACUCAUUAGUCCAUCCCGCUAACCUUACCCAUCCUUUAAUUAAGAACUUUACAAAAUCAACAAAGCCCAGUUCCAAUGAUGAUUUCCAAAGAAACACGAGUCGUAUAGUCUCAAUAUUGGGACUUUUCGAGCUAUCGGUCGGCGACCAUCCAAGAGCAGACGGGAUGUCGGAGCUGGCGGCUGCAAAAUUAGCCGUGGACCAUGUUAAUAGAAGAUCGUUGCUGCCUGGAUACCAGCUACAUCUGAUAACUAACGACACUAAGUGUGACCCAGGUGUAGGCGUGGAUCGAUUCUUCCACGCUCUUUAUACAGAAAGGCAAUCGAGACUCGUAAUGCUCCUCGGCACAGCCUGCUCUGAAGUCACCGAGAGCAUUGCUAAAAUUGUCCCAUAUUGGAACAUCGUUCAGGUAUCCUUUGGCUCAACAUCACCAGCGCUUAGCGACCGCUCCGAGUUCCCAUUAUUUUGCAGGACGGUCGCACCUGACUCCUCGCAUAACCCCGCGAGGAUAGCUUUUAUAAGACAAUUUGGUUGGGAUACAGUGACUGCUUUCUCCCAAAACGAGGAAGUGUACUCCUUGGCUGUGAAUGAACUUGUGACCCAGUUGGAAGCCGCUAAUAUCACUUGCACAGCAUCUAUCACAUUCGCUGAAACGGACUUCAAAGAACAGUUACAACAGCUUAAGAAACUGGAUACAAGAAUCAUCAUAGGAAGUUUUUCACAAGAAAUGUUACCAAAAAUAUUUUGCGAGGCCUACCAGCUGGGCAUGUUUGGGGCGGAGUACGCGUGGCUGGUAGCCGGCGCGCCGCCACGGAUUCGAGGAGUCGCACCGUGCGCGCGAGUUCAGCUCGCCAGAGCGCUGGAGGGCCUCGUCUCUGUCACUGCUCACAGGGGGAUCAUUGGCGAUGUGGUGUCCUAUUCAGGGCUCACAAACGAAAAGUUUCACCGGGACAUGCAAGGCGUGGGCGUGCCAAUAUCUCCUUUCGCCCCGCACACUUACGAUGCAGUGUGGGCGAUUGCGUUAGCCCUGAGCCGAGCUCAACAGCUCUGGCAAAACUCUGAAACAAAUACCACCAAACUGGACCUCGAACACUUCGACUACGAUAGAAAAGACAUGGCAGAGGAAUUUCUAAAUCAACUGGCGAAUCUAAGUUUUCUUGGCGUAUCGGGUCCCGUCUCUUUUAACGGAGCGGACAGGAUAGGCAUGUCUGCUUUCUACCAAAUACAAGGUGGCCGUCCAAAAACAGUCGCCCUGUACACACAUGGUCGAGAAAUGACAUGCCCAGAAUGUGCCAGGCCUCAAUGGGCAGGAGGUAUUCCAGCUGCGAGAAGAGUUCUAGUCUUACGAGUGGAUUCUGUGUGGGCACCCGCGAGGCUGGCAGUAACAGCCAUGUCAGCUGCCGGUGUCGCUCUCGCGUUAGCCUUUUUAGCGUUCAACUUGCAUUACAGCAAACGAAGAUUCAUAAAACUUUCGUCGCCCAGGUUAAACAACAUGACACUAAUAGGUUGCGUGUUAGUUUACACGGCUGUGGCACUUUUGGGCGUCGACAACGCGACCUUACCUUCGUACAUUCCCUUUUCUGCUAUGUGUACUGGUAGAGUUUAUAUUCUAUCAGCUGGAUUUUCACUCGCUUUCGGAUCAAUGUUUGCGAAGACGUACCGAGUUCAUCGAAUAUUUAUAAGCAAUCGAAGUGGAGUAUGUAAGACGAAACUCUUGCAAGAUACUCCACUCAUAUCUCUGGUGUGUGCUCUACUUGUAAUUGACGGAUUAAUUGUUACUUUGUGGGCUAUGCUCGAUCCGAUGGAGAGACAUUUAAAGAAUCUCACUGUUGAAAUAAGCUCUACCGAUCGAAGCGUUGUUUAUCAACCUCAGAUCGAAGUCUGCAAAUCACAAAAUACAACCGGUUGGCUUUGCGCACUCUACGCAUACAAGGGCCUUCUUCUCAUCGUUGGUGUAUACAUGGCCUGGGAGACCAGAAACGUGGAAAUAUCAGCUUUAAAUGAUUCUAAAUAUAUUGGCAUUAGCGUUUAUUCUGUGGUCAUCACGAGUGCUAGUGUUGUUGUUAUCGGAACUAUCAUUUCAGAAAGGGCUACUUUGGCUUACAUAACGAUAACAAGUUUGAUCCUGAUAGCAACUACGUCCACUCUCUGUCUACUGUUUUUGCCAAAAAUUAUUGCAAUAAGAAGUAAAGCCGAAGAUGAUCCUGUUAUUCAAAGUAUGGGACUGAGAUUGGAGUGUAAAACUAGACGGUUCGUGACUGACGAAACUCGAGAACUACAUUUUCGGAUCGAGAUACAAAAUAAAGUUUAUAAAAGAGAAGUUGCCGCUUUAGAUCGCGAAAUAGGGAGACUGGAAAAGUUAUUAGCCGAACCAUUAGACGCGGGUUCAAAUGCUUCGGUUGUUCUACAUAAGCGAACGGAACUUAAUACAGUUGAAGAAGAAGGUCGCCCCCCUGAUAAGGACCAAAGGACACCAAGCAUUAGUGGUGGUUUGCCAAUGCUGCUACUUUCCGUCCUACCACCGGUAAUACCUCGUGCAAGUUGGCCAUCCGCCGAAGCGUGCAGAGAACCUGAAACUAAAGUCAAUUUCGUGUUACCAACGAUGCAUAAAAGGCCCAUGUCUCAACAAAGUUCCUGCGAAAGGAUAAGAGGUUCGCCAAGAUUUCCCCAUCGAAUAGCACCGACGGCUACCAGCUUGAUAGCCUUACAUAGUAAGAGGAAAACGAGCGCAGACAGCGUAUUUCAUAUAUCAGAUGGUGGUUUUGACGAGCAUCGAAGGUAUAGCCAUCAGAAUGUUUGUAACCAAGAAUACAAGGGGAACACGGCGUUGGAAAGCCGAUGGAGGUCCACAGAAGAUGCGAGACCCGGGCCAUCGACAGGGAAUUGAUAUUUAGGGGUAAGAAAUAAUGUGCCAAACGUUUUUGUUUUCAGAGGUUUUUUUAGUGUGUAGCAUUCAGCCAGUGUAGUCCGUAUUCUUUAACUGUGAGAUCAUUGUUGUUACAAGACUUUAACAUGGUUUUAACUCAUCUACGUAUGUAUCUCUAAUAUUACAAUUUGUAGCUCUUUAUAUCUGUAGUAAGUGUGAUUGAAAAUGUAUAGUGUUUUCAUUUUAAAAUCACGAAUAUUGUGUAACUGUGAGACAUGACACCAAAAAUAUAUAUAUAUAAACAUAGA